AUGGCUUCUACUACAAUCUUCCAGCAUCCUCUCAUCGGAGAUAUCAAGGCAAGCUCCACGGAAGAUGUGAUCCAAUUCUUAGGUAUCAAGUAUGCGAGCCUCAAUCACUGGUUUGACAACGCAAAGCUUGUGGAGUACGACGGAAAACGCCUUAGUGCAAUUCGUCAUGGGCCGCAAGUGAUAUCUGAUCCCGAAGGCGUUCAUAAAGAACACUUCAUCAUUCAGAAUACCCUACCAGUCAGUGACCAUCCAGGUAUCUCUGGGACAGAAUGUCUCAACUUGAACAUUGCUGCACCCAUAAAUUCUUUCAAGGGCCAGUCGCUUCCGGUGAUCGUUUUCAUCCACGGCGGUGCUUUCAUCACAGGGUCAAACUGGUGGCCCCAGUACGACUUGAAGCGGAUCGUUCAGCUUUCCAUCAAGCAAGGCCAACCUCUGAUCGCAGUCAGUAUCAACUACCGUCUGGGAGCUCCGGGAUUCUUGACUUCAGACGAACUUCGAAAGGAGGGUUUUAAGAGCAAUCAAGGUCAUCAUGACCAAAGAGCUGCUCUCCAAUACGUCAAGAGGUACAUCUCCGGUUUUGGCGGUGAUCCUCACAAGAUUACAGUGAUUGGUGAGAGCGCCGGCGGAAUUUCAACUAGUCGUUUGCUUUACUCGAAUGAUGAUGCGCCAUCUCAGUUGGCUGUGCUAAGCGGUGCACCCCCUUCACUCCCUCCUAUGGAUAUCUCAGCCGCCGAGGAAGCUUAUCGUGGAGCACUCAAAUCCCUCGGCGCCGAAGACCUUACUCCGAGCCAGCGAGUUGAAGCUCUGAGCAGACUUUCACCUGAAGAGCUCCUCGAGAAACUUGACAAGAGUCUUCAAUUCUUGCCCGUGCUGGAUGCAGAUACGGUACCUUUCGUACCGACUUUCGAGGCAGUAGAAGCCAAAACGUCCAUCCCCGACAACACCCCUUGCAAGGCCAUCUUUGUUGGCUAUCUUCCUGAUGAUGCGAGCAUCUUCGGCCUCGCCGGACUACUCCAGCGGAAGCCUAGUAUUGGUGCUUCGUUCCAGAAGUCAAUUGAGUCAUCCUUCUCGGAUCACCCCGACAAAGCUACUAGAUUGCUGAAAGCCUACGGAAUCAGCGAAGAUACCAACGAUGAAGAUGCCUUCAAAGGUGUCAUAAGGUUCGCAUCAGACAUUGGCUUCCAGGCACCGGCUCGUUCGUGGGCUGCCAGCUUUCCUGGCGACUCAUACCUCUUUGAGCUGGCCGAGGCAAACCCUUGGGAAGGCACUUUUAAAGGCUAUGCCACCCAUGUGCUAGAUGUUGCACUCCUGUUCCAGAACUAUAGAGAGCAUUUGGACGCGAAGCAGCAAGCCUCUGCAGAAGCUUUUGCUGCAGACAUCAUCACUUUUGCGCACGGCAAGGCGCCGUGGAAGAAGCAUCGAGAUGGAGGCGGCCUGGGCGUAUAUCGAAACGGCGUUAGAACUUACGAAGAAGGCCCUGGAGUUAUCUCGGAACAGCAUCAAGUGCUGAUGGAGGCCGUGACUUUCGGCAGCGCCGCCUCGGGUCUUUGUGACACGACGAAGAUUGUUGAAGACUCUGUACGCAUGGGACUACCCAUCAUCGCCGUCGCCAUCCAGUACAGACUCAACAUCUUUGCAUUCGGAGAUGAUGACAGCUCAGUAAACCUUGCUUUGAAGGACCAAGCGCUGGCGUUGCAAUGGGCCCAAAGGCAUGUUGCUGCCUUUGGCGGCGAUCCUAAAGCCGUUACUCUUGCGGGGGAGAGUGCAGGAGCAGUUUACUGCCACGCACACAUGGUGAGCAAGGCGCCGUUGAAUCAAUGCAUUCUGGCAUCCGGGUCUCUGCAUCUUUCGCCCCCUCAACCGCAAGAGAGGGCCGCUGCAUUUCGCUCUAAUCUCAAGCAUCACUUACGCGAUUUGGGCAAGUUGGAUUUGCGCACAGCUCCUGCUGAAGUUGUUGUAGAAGCAUUGAAGAGAUCCGAGAUCCAGUCUUGGUUCCUUCAGACGGAAUCGUCACUUGAAGGAUGGCAGGAGAGCUUAGGCGAGGCAAGCCGACUGAUGAUCAGUGAUGUUCAGAACGAGUCUGUCCUCUGGCGCGAUGGCAUCUGGUCAAUGGGGGUCAGUGACAUUGUCAGCGCGUUUGACACCGCAGGAGAACAUCGCGACAAGCUCAAGCAAGCGUACAACAUUUACCCGAAUAGGCCGUCCUCGUGCAAGCUUGGGGCGCUGGACUUCAUCAAUGAUUACAAGUUCUUGCUCCCUGUCCAGGAGAUGGUUCAGCUUUGUAAACGCGCCGAGACGCCCGUGUAUCGGAGUCUCAUUGAUGAGGCCAACCCUUGGCAGCCAUCGAAUGGAGCGCAUCACGCGAUCGAUCUGAUCCUCCUGUUUGGCGGUUUCGACUCGUCGAUAUCUCCAGCCGCCAAGGCGACUGGCGAAGAGAUGCGCAGAUCGUGGAUUCAGUUCAUCCAUUCGCAGGAGCCUUGGUCUCCGAUCUCAACCGCUGCCUUUGGGCCCUUUGGCAUGUUUCAGGAGCUCGAUGACACCGAAGUAAGAUCGCGAAGGCGCAUAGAUCAGGCGAAAUACUUGCAAAGCGUUGGAUCGCAGGCGCUGGACAAAGUGUUUUUGGCUCUAGCUGCAGGAAGAAUCAGUCUUCUGAAUUAA